GUCGUCGUUUCCAGAAAACUCAAAUGGACGCUACGGCUCUCGGGCAUCUCCCGACUGUGAUCCAUGGCGGAUUCCAGAGUCUUCUCUCCUUCUCUGCUACCCAUUCUCCCCACUCCAUUCCCUCCUUCAAUUCCCGGUUCGCCAAAUGUUCCUCUGGCAUUCGGGUUCCAAGUGUGCCAUUCUUUGGGAGGAGGUACUGGGUCAGGCAUGGGGACCCUUCUUAUCUCAAAGAUAGAAUGAUGCUUACCUUCUCAGUGUUCCCCUCUCCUAAGGUGUCUGAUAUUGUUGUCGAGCCAUACAAUGCUACACUGUCAGUUCAUCAAAUUGUUGAGAAUGCUGACCAAUGUAUGGUACUUGACAACGAAGCACUGUAUGAUAUCUGUUUCCGCACCUUGAAGCUUUCAAAUCCUACCUUUGGUGAUCUCAAUCACCUAAUCUCUGCUACAAUGAGUGGUGUCACUUGCUGUCUUCGCUUCCCUGGACAGCUUAAUUCUGAUCUUCGGAAGCUUGCAGUCAACCUCAUUCCUUUUCCCCGCCUCCACUUUUUCAUGGAUGCCAAGAAUAUGAUGUGUGAUGCUGAUCCUCGCCAUGGCCGAUACUUGACCGCUUCAGCCAUGUUCUGUGGGAAGAUGAGCACUAAGGAAGUUGACGAGCAAAUGCUCAAUGUACAGAACAAGAAUUCAUCCUACUUUGUGGAGUGGAUACCCAAGGGACUCAAGAUGGCAUCUACUUUCAUUGGCAACUCGACCUCCAUCCAAGAAAUGUUCAGGAGGGUUAGCGAACCAUUCACAGCCAUGUUCAGGAGGAAAGCUUUCUUGCAUUGGUACACUGGAGAAGGUAUGGACGAGAUGGAGUUCACGGAGGCCGAGAUCAACAUAAAUGAUCUGGUGGCUGAGUACCAGCAGUACCAAGAUGCAACUGCAGAGGAUGAAGAGUACGAGGAAGAGGAAGGGGUGGAAGGCUGA